AUGUUAACUUCUUUUUUGCUUGAAAAUGUACCUGAAAUUCGGAGGAUUGAGAAAAAGAGUAGGGAGAGAAGAGAUCUGAGAAUAGUAUCCAUGGCGGAAGGAAGAAUAAAGAUGCUGGAGAGACACAAUUUUGUCCUCUCUUACGUCAACCCUUCCUCUUCAUAUUUCCCUAUCAAUCUCCUUGUUUUUUGCAAGUUCUCCGGCAGCGUGAAGAAAUUCGGUGAACGUCUGGCACGAAGUAUUCCGAAAAUAAAGGGUCGUCAGGGAAUCGGUCAGUCGUUGGUCAUGUCGCACGGGUUUGCCGGGUGCUGGCACGUCGCGUAUCGGGCGCUGCCUCGGGUCUGCGUGCGUGUAGCGCACUGCAUGUGCGGGUGCGUGUCGAGCGCGGGUAUCGUUGGGUGUGCUCGUCGGGCGCUGUCCUGGAUCCUUGUGGGUCUGUACGGAUCGCGUCCGAGAACCUUGUGGGCUGCACGAUCGCGUCCAGUCGUUUGCGGUGUUGCGGGUCUACACGUCUUGGAGCAGGCAACUGGUCGUGGCUAG